AUGGCGGAUGAUAAGAAAUCCAAGCACAGACAUCGGUCCAUAGUCUUCGAAUCGAUGUAUCCAGUCCUUGCGCUGAUGCUCAUACUCGUCGCUUGCGUCGAGCUUUGCGACGCCGCUACAGUUGUCGAUGUGUAUCGGCUUAUCCAGUAUGACAUCUCCGGUGUUCCAUUUGGCUCUCGUUUCUCUUCUCUUAAUCACCACGCCGCUUCACUCAGCUUCCAGCGUGGUGCCGAUCUAUCUCGCUCUGUACUUAUCCUCCCACUUCGGGAGCUCGACAUCGGUUUCGUUCAAGAUUACAUCUCACAAAAGCAGUCUCUUGGAGGAUUGUUGAUCUUGCUUCCUCAAACGUUUAGACCUGGAAAUGUUGGUGGUGGCAGUGUAAUCUCUGAGACCGAAGGGUUCAGGAAAUUAUUAGCUCAACUUGAGAAGUUACUUAUCCAUGGAAACAUACCUUUUCCUGUGUACUUCGCAUUUGAGAAUGAAGAGACUGAUGCUAUGUUGGCUGAUGUGAAGAAAAAUGAUGCACUUGGUCAACAGGCUACUGCAACCACAGGCGGAUAUAAGCUUGUUAUCUCCGUAUCAGAGCCUAGGAAAAUUGCAUCUCCCACCAUCACUAACAUCCAGGGAUGGCUUCCAGGAUCAAGAGCAGAUGGGGAUUCCAACCAGCUUCCAACAAUUGCUGUUGUUGCAUCCUAUGAUACCUUCGGAGCAGCUCCUGCAUUAUCAGUCGGAAGUGACAGCAAUGGAAGUGGGGUAGUUGCACUUCUUGAAGUAGCUAGACUAUUUUCUGUUCUUUACUCAAAUCCUAAGACAAGGGGAAGAUACAAUAUACUUUUUGCACUUACAUCUGGUGGACCCUACAACUAUGAAGGAACUCAAAAGUGGCUGAAGAGCCUUGAUCAGAGGAUGCGUGAGAGCAUUGAUUACGCUAUUUGCUUGAACAGUGUUGGUUCUUGGGACAAUGAAUUAUUGGUCCACGUGUCAAAGCCUCCGGAUAACGCCUAUAUCAAACAAAUUUUUGAGGGAUUCUCUAAUGUGGCAGAAGACUUGGGUUUUCAAGUUGCCCUGAAGCACAAGAAGAUUAACAUCUCUAAUUCUCGAGUUGCUUGGGAGCAUGAACAGUUUUCAAGACUCAGAGUUACGGCAGCCACUUUAUCUGAACUUUCUACUCCACCCGAGUUACUGGAAAGUGCCGGAAGUCUCUCUGACACAAGGCAACUUGUGAGUGAAGAUUCUAUCAUUAAAGGUGUUAAGUUAGUCGCUGAAAGCCUCGCCAGACAUAUCUAUGGCCACCAAGGAAAAGACGUAAAGAUUUUUGCGGAUGACAGUAGUUUGGCGGUAAAUCCCUUUUAUGUGAGAUCAUGGUUAGAUCUUCUGUCACAAACUCCUCGGGUGGCACCGUUUCUCUCAAAGAACGAACCAUUAAUCAUGGCUCUGAAAAAGGAACUAGAGGAUUAUACAGCUGAAGUGAGUGUUCAACAUGAAUCUUUAGACGGAACUUUCACCUUUUACGACUCAACAAAGGCUAGCCUUAACAUAUACCAGGUUGCGAGUGUAACGUUCGACUUGCUCUUGCUUCUGGUGUUAGGAUCAUACUUGAUAGUGCUUUUCAGUUUCCUCGUCAUCACUACUCGGGGUCUUGAUGACUUGAUAAGCUUAUUCCGCCGGCCACCUUCCCGGAAAGUGAAAAUGGCUUGA